AUGCAGGUCAGAGGGGCAGGUCAGCCGAUGGAUGCAGGUCAGAGGGGCAGGUCAGCCGAUGAAUGCAGGUCAGAGGGGCAGGUCAGCCGAUGGAUGAAAGUCAGAGGGGCAGGUCAGCCGAUGAAUGCAGGUCAGAGGUGCAGGUCAGCCGAUUUAUGCAUGUCAGAGGGGCAGGUCAGCCGAUGGAUGCAGGUCAGAGGGAAAGGUCAGCCGAUGGAUGCAGGUCAGAGGGGCAGGCCAGCCGAUGGAUGCAGGUCAGAGGGGCAGGUCAGCCGAAGGAUGCAGGUCAGAGGGGCAGGUCAGCCGACGGAUGCAGGUCAGAGGGGCAGGUCAGCCGAUGGAUGCAGGUCAGAGGGGCAGGUCAGCCGAUGGAUGCAGGUCAGAGGGGCAGGUCAGCCGAUGGAUGCAGGUCAGAGGGGCAGGUCAGCCGAUGGAUGUAGGUUAGAGGGGCAGGUCAGCCGAUGGAUGCAGGUCAGAGGGGCAGGUCAGCCGAUGGAUGCAGGUCAGAGGGGAAGAUUACAUGGAUCUGUUUUUUUCAUCUAUGAUCAUAAUGUGUUAAAGAAGGAAGAAGAUGAUCUGAAAGAUGCUAUAAUUUAUUUCUCUCCAGAAGAGGUGCCUGAGAAUGACCAGUGUACGCUGUGUGGUCAAUUGAUGGGAAUGUCUGAAUUUCUCUGCACUAAUAUCAGUAAAUCAGCUCCAAGGGUCUUCAAAUUUGAGAAAGAAAAGUUUGCUAUAAAGAAAACAGCCUCUUACAGUCUGGUAUUACAAGGGAGUAGUUUUGUACCUGACAUAAACCUGCUGAGCCGGUUGGAUGCCUUGUAUGACGCCUUUGUCACAUUCCAUGGCAGCAUAGAUAGUUUGAAACUGUGUUGGAAGGGAAACCAGGUGGAGUAUCUUACAGAGCUGGCUGGUAUCUGGAGAAUACUUCUUCGCGUCACCCAUGCGACACAGGGGUACAGCCUUGCACAAACAUUCCAGUCCAUUCCCUACACACAACUACCACUGUCUGGGUCACAUUUGUUCCUUCAAGCAUCCCAUCUUCUGCAGUCCAGUCAACGAAGGCCCUAUGUCUUGUCUGGAGCGAUUCUCUAUAAGAACAGUGUCCUGUGUUCUCAGCUGCCUCCCAGACUGACCAAAAAUCUGAUGUUGCUCCAGGAACAGAUGCCACACAUAUCAAUGGACAUUUGUUGUGAACUGCCAAAAGGUUGUACUGUGAUGACUGCAUUUCUUACUGCUGAAGAACUUAGUGACAUUUCACCUUUUGAUCUUGUCUCCAAACGUCAUUGCAAACUCACAGACUUUCAAAAGCACAGAGAAACAAGACCUAGUGAUGAACAAAGCAGACUUGAUAUAAGUGCUUACAAAGCACAUAAAGGUGCAUCACUCCAAAGACGGCUAACAUUUCCAAAUGUGAGUUCUACUAAUCUAAAUACUAAUUCAGCAAACAAAUCUCAUACAGUACUUCAAUCUUUUUUAUCAAAUCAGAAGAAGAAGGCAUUUUAUGACAGACAACAAAUAGGUCUGAAAUCAACGUGGAGUCAGACCAAGGGAAAAAGUAUAUCCACCCUGUUGUCUGAUGUCCCAAUUGUCGAAUGUCAAAAUGGUGAGUCUGGCAUUGAAAGUGAGAGUGACAUGUAUGAAGGCGUUACUGGGCAUCAUUUUGGUGAGAAGUAUGUGAUGGUCUCUCAUACAGACACUGAUGAACAUGAAUCAGAAUCUGAAAGUGAAGAUUUGCUUGACAGCAUUGGAAUAACAAAAUCUGUGGAAAAUGGACAAUCUGAAAGUGAGGAAGUUUUAGAGUCAACUAAGAAUUCUUCCUACAGGAUAUCAGUAGGAGUUGAAACUUUAGAGAAAGAUGAGGGAAAUCCUUCAGUUAGUGAUUUGAAGAAAAAUGAUGAGAAUCAGAGAAUAUUAGCAGAAAAAAAUAAGGCUAAACAUGAUGAGAAAAAAUCAGAAAGUUCUGAACACAAGGAAUUGUUAUCGGAGGAAUCAUUUGGAGAACGUUUGACAGUGGCACCAUUGGAUGCUGUAAAUUCAACUGACUUUGGUUCAGUGAUAAUGCAAGCGCAAUCAUCAGAAGAUUACAGAGCGCCUCUUUUGUAUGAUGAUUUUUCAAUUGAAAGCACAUUUCACACUUCAGAAACAACGUCCAUGAGUAAUACAGAAUCUGAAACGGACUUAAAACUUUCAAGCAAAACUGAUAUACAUGAAAUAAAAAUUUCUGCCUUUUCAAAAAUUGAUCAGAAUAGGGAACAUACCUUCAAUAUUUCAGAGAAAGAAAGUCAAGACUCAAAUUACCCCAAAAGGAGACAUUGGUCUUCAGAAUCCAACAAAUAUGAAUCUGAAGUAGAAACAGAAGAUGAUGCAUUCACAAUCAGCAACAUUGAACCUUGCAUCAGCUGCUAUGACUUAGGUGAGAAUGCAGGAGUAACUGACAGUCUCUCUUUGGUAAGAUGUCAGAAAUGCAUAGAUGUCUUCAACAAACAGGUAAAGUUUGGUGUUCCGUCUGAAAACCAAGAAAUUCUUGAAUUUGAUGGCAAAUUUAGAGAAAGAAAUGAAUCGUCAACAGAAACUGAAAGUCAUUCUGACAAAGAUCAGAAACCUGAAAACUUCAUACCCGCAGCAGCGGCACCUGAUAGCGUGAUAUCUCGAUACUGGACCCAUGAGAUGGAGGGCAUGAAUGAUGUGACUGUUUAUGUACAGUGCCACGCUGAUAUUUCCCUCGUGCUACUGAUGGCAAACCCAGACCUGCACCAAGCUUUACCACAACAGGAGAACCUCUUUUAUUCUUUGUGGAAGGCAUCUCUUGCCCAUCUUGCUGACUUGGACUUCUACAUCAAGGAAUGCAUGGAAAACGAAGCGGGGCACGAGUCUGAUCCCAACAGCAAGGACUUGUACAACUUCCUACAGUUUGACAAGUAUUCAGCUGAACUGCAAGGGACAACGUCUGACCCUAUGGCUGGUAACGUACGAGUUCACAACCAGCAUCAGAUGUUGGCAGAUCUUCAUGCUGCAUUCCAAGCAGACAAGUGCCUCUCGGAUAUCACCAUCAGGUCACACAUCACCAGUUGCUAUGGACAAAGUAAUGAAGCCAGGGAGACGUACUUUCAUCCCAGUACAAGUCAGAAGCUGGUGUCUGGUCUUCCAGUGCCAAGAGAAUCAAUUUUAAACAUAGAUGUGGUGGCUAGGCAAAGACUGGAUAAAGACAAAAAUGUUGCAAUAUUAUAGUGUUUAAAGCAUUGUGAGUGUUUUCAGUGGCAUUUUUGUCCACCUUAUUGAACAGAUGUGUUCCUUUUUGGCAUGGAGCUGAACAUAGCCGACAAACCCAGUUCUGUGAUAUAUUAUAGUCUAAGUUAACACUAGUAGCUGGAAAGAAACAGCUUAAAAUUACAAUUGUUUCCAUUUUCAGGUGUUAAAAUUCAAAUUACCUGCUCAAUUUGACAACUGAAAUUUUUGCUUUUCUUUUGCGCACAGAGAUUAAUUACCCGCAUAAUUGAGCGUGAUUUGAACAGUUUUUCUAGAGGACCACAAUCUGAUUAAUUUAUCGAUGUUACACAAUUACCGGUAUUAAAUCCCUGACACUGUCAAUUUUUAGAGAACAUUUUUAAAGUUUUUUAUGUCUGUUUGAGAUAGCGUCACCUAAUAAUAAUUCCUGUGAAGUUUCGUUAAAAUCUGUUUUGUAUGCCCCCGGUAGGGUGGCAUAUAGCAGUUGAACUGUCUAUCAGUCUGUCUGUCUGCCUGUCCGUCCGUCCGUCCGAAAACUUUAACAUUGGCCAUAACUUUUGCAAUAUAUUUUAUAGGAACUUGAUAUUUGGCAUGCAUGUGUAUCUCAUGAAGCUGCACAUUUUGAGUGGUGAAAGGUCAAGGUCAUCUUUCAAGGUCAAAAGUAAAAAAAAUACGAUCCAAGGGAAGUAAUAAGCUUUAAAAGGGAGAUAAUUUAUAAACCUGCCACAUAAUAUAUUGAAAUUUUAUUUCAAAACGGCGCAAUAGGGGGCAUUGUGUUUCUGACAAACACAUCUCUUGUUUUAUUUAGUUUGAAUUUAAAAUUGAAGCCAGUUUGAAGUAUGACAACGAAUGACGCACAACAGACAAUUGGCGAUCCUUAAAGCUAAAUCUGUGCAUUGUAACGUUGUACAAGUGAGCUAAAAACGUUGAUAUCAGCAAGUUAUAUGGAAAUUUAAAUCAAGUCUUGGUAUGGAUUACAGUGAAAACUGUGGAGCUAAGGGCGACUACAAAAUAAGAGCAACCUGAUUUUGUCAGCCAGUAGCCCUGCAGGGCAAGUUGCUUACAACAGAUUUUUAUGCCCUGAUUAUUGAGAGGCUAAUAACUUUCAUGCUGAAUCAUCUUCAUGUACAUGUCGUACAACUAAACCAUUCACUGCAGUGUAACAUGUGAUUGUGUAUGAAAGUGGUGUUUCUUUGUACAUACUGUUAUCACUUGUUAUGCUUAAUUAAAUUAACAACACCUACAAAUUUGUUAGUUUAAACAUUAUUUUGUCGGAGUUAGUUAAAAAAUAAUGUGUAUACCUGUAGACAAAGCAAUAAUAAUAUGUCAUAUGUGCAAUACAUGAUGUGAAUUGAUUGAGAAAACAUAAAUAACUGACUAACUUGAGGCUAGGUAUAACAUUAUUUAUGAUGUGGUUACUGAACAAUUUAAACUGAAAUGUCUUUUUGUGUCUUUAUGGCUGUGCAAUAAAACUAAUUUUUUGUUUUUCUUAUUUACAUGUUCUGCCAGUAAGUAUGUUGUGUUAAACAUUGCUGGUUUAGUUGAGUCUAAAGAUGUUUUCUAUGUUUGUACUUGUAAAGGGUUUCUAUGUGUUUGCAUAAUGAUGCAUUCCAAAGAACAUCACUGGUUUAUCUUUUUACAUAAAAUUGAUUACAUUUAGGUCAUAAAAUCAAAAGCAUUCAGGGUUAUCAUAAAAGGACCAAAUUUACCAAACAAAAACCUUCACUAUCUUGUGUAAGAGGGAAUUUCAUUAAACUAAGGUUACAAUAAAAUGUUGAUUGUUUGCACCUUGUUAUUAAAUGGAACAGUAAAUUCAUAUUUGCAUGUGAUGCUUUUAUACUGCUAAGUUUUUAUACUCCAGAAAAGUUUAAUUUGUGAUACAUGUAUUUUGGAACAAUAAAAAUGUAUGAUUUAAA